UUUUUUGGUUUUCCUCUUUUAUGCAUUUACAUUUUACAGGGUAGGCUUCAUUGUUCAAAGCCUUCUCUCUCUCUUCUUUCUCUCACUAGGGUCGAUGGCGAAGAAGGACUCCUGUAUUCAGGCAAUUUAGCUCCACCCCAUUUCAAAAUGGGGCCUUUUGCGUCGGAGGAAAGGAGAAUUAGACAUCAAAACUUGAUCUUUUAGGGGAUUGCCGUCUGGGUGUUGCUGGAAAUUACAGAGGAAAUUCGACAUUUUGAUUGUUUUAUCAGAAGCCAGAGAACAUAACUGAAACCUUUGGGUUUUUUGAUAUCUGAAUGGAGGGAUUUAGGGCUUGAGAUGUUGGCAUUUUUUCUAUCUUUGCGUUUGCAACAUUUACAAAUCGAGAUUGGAAAUUUGGAGGGGAGUUUUAUGUCUGGCUCUGUUUUUUCUUCCCACUCCCAUAAUUGAGAAAAAUUUGCUUGAUUUACUGAAAUUGGAAUUCUUGGUUUGGAUCCAGAGAGAAAAACCCAUAGGAAAACCAGCUCGAAACUAAAGGAACCAAAUAGCGGAUUUUGGAUCUGGAGAAAACAUCUCAGGGGAAACCCAGCUCAAAACAAAAGAAACAAAUCCCCCCCAUAAGCAAAUUGAAUCAUACAGGGAGCAAAAUGUCUAAUUCAGCUCCAGCUCCUAGUUCCCCAUCAUCUGGUAAUUCAACCUCAACUGGUUCUCCUCCUCCAAGCCCUCCUCUUACCCAAGCCUCUUCACCCCCUCCUUCUCUCUCUCCAACACUCCCUUCUCCCCCCCUCCCUCCUCCCCCUCAAUCCAGCCAUAAUCCCCCUCCUCCUUCACCGAAUUCCGGCAACAACCCCCCAGAAAGCCCUCCCUCACCACCAGGUUCUGGCCAAAACCCGCCAGAAAGUCCCCCCACCCCACCCUCUCAAACACCACCAAAUUCUUCUCCUCCAACUAGUGACCCUCCCCUUACUUCCAACCCCUCACCGCCGCCAACGCCCAGUUCGCCUUUGCCUGGAUCCCCUCCAUCAAUUUCGAAUUCUCCACCUUCAGCCAAUCCCCCCCCUUCCUCUCUCUCUCCUCCCUCCUCUGUCCCUCCUCCACCUAAGAAAGAAUCACCUCCAACCCAUUCGAGCAAAUCACCUCCUCAUCCUGUUACUUCAUCGAGUCCUCCACCUUCUAAUAUUAUAUCUCCUCGUCCCCCUUCUGAUCGUUUGCCUCCUCCUGACUCCUCUUCGCCCCCUCAAAUUACGUCUCCGCCCCCUUCAGAAGGGACACCGAAAACAGACUCACCUCCGAAUUUAACCCCCCCCAUUGUGCCCCCCCCAAGUGGAGGUUCAAGCCCAGUUACACCAACACCUAGUUCCCCCGAUCGUUCUGUUCCUUCCAAUUCUACCUCUCCUCCAUCUCAAACAUCGACCAAAGCACCAUCCACUAGCCCCCCCUCCUCUUGGCAUGGUGUGACUGAAACAGGUUCAGGGUCCGGUGGUGGAAUUGGGAAGAAUGGGGCAGUGGGGAUAGCUGUUGCUGGAGUGGUUUUGAUAGGCUUGAUUGCGGUGCUGUUCAUGUUUACAAGGAAGAGGAAGAGGAGGGCUGAUGGUUUGGCUGAUCCCUACAGGCCUUCGCCUGGGAGUUUCUCCGUUAAAUCAGAUGGCUAUUACUAUAGGCAAGCACCUGCUGUAGGAAACUCUGCUUUCUCGGACUUAGGCUCUGCUAAGCGCCCUCCUUCACCUCCUCCAAUAGGAAAUGGCUAUGCAGGCUACAAUGGACAUGGGUUUCAACAAGGUGGACCUCCUGAACCAUCGGGCUUGGGUCAUUCCAAAUCUUGGUUCACUUAUGAAGAGCUAGUGGAGAUCACAAAUGGGUUUUCUCAAAAUAAUCUUCUUGGAGAAGGUGGUUUUGGGUGUGUUUAUAAGGGGCAUCUUCCUGAUGGGAGAGAAGUAGCGGUGAAACAACUCAAGGCUGGGGGUGGACAGGGAGAGAGAGAAUUUAGGGCUGAAGUUGAAAUCAUCAGUAGGGUUCACCACCGCCACCUGGUUUCUCUUGUGGGUUACUGUAUAGCUGAGCACCACAGGUUGCUUGUCUAUGAAUUUGUUCCAAACAAUACUCUUGAGUAUCAUCUGCAUGGAAGAGGACAACCUGUCAUGAGUUGGGGAAUAAGAGUCAAGAUAGCACUUGGUGCUGCUCGCGGAUUAGCAUAUCUACAUGAAGACUGCCAUCCCCGAAUCAUCCAUAGAGAUAUUAAGUCGGCAAACAUACUAUUGGAUAAUUCUUUUGAAGCUCAGGUUGCAGAUUUCGGGCUUGCAAAGUUAACCAAUGAUACUUACACUCAUGUAUCAACUCGUGUUAUGGGGACAUUUGGAUAUAUGGCACCGGAAUAUGCAUCCAGUGGCAAGUUGACUGACAGGUCCGAUGUCUUCUCUUUUGGGGUUGUGCUUUUGGAGCUUAUAACUGGUCGAAAACCUGUUGACACAUCUCAACCUCUUGGAGAUGAGAGUUUAGUAGAAUGGGCUCGACCGCUGCUGAGCCAGGCUAUUGACACUGGAAAUUUUGAAGAGUUGGCUGACCCCAGGCUUGAGCAAAACUUUGUGGGAAGUAAUAUGUUUCGCAUGAUUGAGGCCGCUGCUGCUUGUGUUCGCCAUUCGGCUCCAAAACGGCCUCGCAUGGCUCAGGUGGUUAGGGCACUAGAGAACGACUCAGACAUAUCGGACUUGACCAAUGGGGUGAAGCCUGGUCAGAGCACUGUGUUCAACUCCACCCAGUACUCUGUUGAUAUCAACAGAUUCCGUCGCAUGGCCUUUGGGAGCACAGACUACAGCUCAGACUUCCCCGAAGGGUAUAGUGGUGGACCCCACUCCUCGGGACAUAGCGGUGGUCCCUACUCUGGCACGCAUAGCGGAGGGUCCCACUCCCGAGAGGUUGGUGGGCCCCCCACCACGAGGACCAAUGCCUCGUUGAAACUAGAGGAUGCCUCAUCCCCUAUAGGUAGUGACUACCCAAGCAGCGGGGAGUCUGAGACCAGGGCCUUGAAUCACAAGAGGGACGAGAGGAGCUUUAGAACUACAAAUGCAAGGUGACACACUUGACUUGCCGGAAUUUGAGAUGCGCUAUUUGGCAGAAUCCGACACACAUGGGCUUGCAUGUAUCGAGCAUUGGGGUAUAGAGUAUUGGGUAUGGAAUGUGAAGCUCUUAGUGUCUGGCUUAUUGGGGUUGUAUCUGACCUCUCUGAUACAAAAAAGGUUGAGGUGUUGAAAAUUGAUGGAGCUGCUGGAAUCUUAUAUGCUUGUUUUCUGGUGGGUUUGUUGCCUGGAAUCUAACAACACGCUUCGGGUGAGAAGAAAGGGGGCCGAAAAGCAUGUAUUCAUUUGUUAAAUCAUUCCAUAUUUUUUGGUGUAAUUUUAUUUUUGUUCCAAUUGGUGAGGUGCAGUUUGUAAAGGAUGGGGUCCGGGAUUUGUGUGAUGGAGGGGUCUUUGUUCUCUUGGGGUUUUUGCUUCGUAAAAGCCAACAUAUUCAUGUGCAUUGUUGCUCUCAAUCUGUACCUUGAGAUUUUGGGAAGAAAAUCUUUUGACCUUUGCUUUA